AUUUUGUAUUUUGUACAUACAUUGUUUUGUAUAUACUGUAUAUGAUGACUUCGGUGGGCAGUGAACGUACCCGGGGCACUCGGGACAAAAUGCAAAUUGCAGCCACACAGCCAACACAACCACAGAAACAAGUAGUACAGGCAACAGCAGAACAGAUUCGCCUUGCUCAGAUGAUCUACGAUAAGAAUGAUGCAGAUUUUGAAGAUAAAGUGAAACAACUUAUGGAGGUGACGGGGAAAAACCAGGAUGAAUGCAUAGUGGCACUACAUGAUUGUAAUGGGGAUGUGAACAGAGCAAUCAACAUUUUGCUGGAAGGAAGUUCAGACACGACUUCUUGGGAGACUGUAGGGGGAAAGAAGAAAAGCCUUGGAAAGGAAGGUUCAGAAAACAAAGAGAACAGAGAAAAACGAGGGGACAGAGAAGUGAGUCGCGGACGGGGAAGUUCCAACAGACGGGGAAGAGGAGGCAGCCGUGGACGAGAGUUUAGAGCUGAAGAGAAUGGAGUGGACAACAAUCAAGGAGACAGGCCUUCAGACCGCGGGAAACGUGGCCGUGGGAGAGGGUUUGGACGUGGCAGAGGGAGAGGAACGGGGAGGUUUUCAGCCCAAGGCAUGGGGACAUUUAAUCCUGCAGACUAUACGGAGUCUUCUGCCACUGAUGGCUUUGGGACAAAGUCAGAGAUCUGGGAGACUGGUCAGAAUGAUGCAGAUGAUGGAACUGGAGCAUGGAAAAACUCAAUAGAAGAAUGGACAGCAGAAGACUGGAAUGAAGAUCUUUCUGAAACAAAAGUCUUCACUGCAUCUUCUGUUCCAGCUGAAAAUCAUGUGACUCCUGGGCAAAGCAUUGAUUUGGUGACUCUGCUUCAAAAGCCAGUGACAUCUACCCAAGAGACAGAAGCCAACUCAUUUGAGUCUCCCCAGCAGCAGACCUUUGGCCAAGCCUUAGUAUUCACAAAUUCUCAGCAUAGCACCCAGAUGGCAUCAGGAACAGGCAGCUCCAGUGCUGUAAACUCUUAUUCUCCUCAAAGUCUGUCGGCAGUUCUUUGUUCUGGCUUUGGAGAGCUCAGAUCCUCUAAAUUGGCAAACUCUACUGGUUCCCAAAUCUUGGACCAAUUGAAAUCACCAGGACUGGGUCAGUUUACCUCUCAACAAACCAAUAGCAGUUCUGCCACCACUAGCACAGUUGCUGCGUCAUCCUGGGAUCUAAAACCACCUAAUACUCAGUCCUCAGUCCUCAGUCAGUUUGACUUUAAGUCCCAGCCUGAGCCAUCUCCAGUUCUGAGCCAGCUGACACAGCGACAACAGCAAAUGCAGGUGGUUCCUGUUCCUCCUCCUGGGCUGGAGUCAUCCUCCUCCCAGGUAAAACUACAAGAGCCAUCACCAGUAGACACCUCCACAGCUGUUAGCAAAAUACUACAGCUCCCCACUAUCUCUAUGGAUAACCAGGCAGUGACUGUUCAUCAAACCCAGCAGAAACAGAUAAAACCACCAAAAAGGAGGAUAACUCCAGCAUCCAAGAUUCCUGCCUCUGCUGUGGAGAUGCCUGGAUCAGCAGACAUGACAGGGUUAAAUGUUCAGUUUGGAGCUCUUGAGUUUGGAUCAGAGCCUACACUCCCGGAGUUUGGAUCAACUUCAAGCAGUGAGAAUACCAGCCAGGCGACCAACAAUAGCUUAUAUUCAAAAUCUGUGAAGUAUGUUGAUCCUUUGAAUACCUCUUUGCCAAAAUCCAAUACAGUACAGGAAUCCACCUACACAACCUCUGCCAUCAGCUCUUCCAGUCUGACCUGCUCAUCCCAGAGCACUAGCCCCAUAACAACUUCCUCCUAUGACCAGACUUCUGUGCAUAGCAGGAUAGCGUACCAAAGCUCCAUGGCUCCGUCUGAACCAGCCCCUGUUGCAGUUACGAAUGGGCACAGUGGUGUUAGAACACAGGCAACACUUGACACUACUUCUUCAGUUGCAGCACCUAAGACAGAGCCUUCUCCUUCACUACCUUCAGCUGGUUCUCUGCCUAGUGUGGCAUCCACCACGGCCUCUCUUCUGCCUUCAGCAUCGCAGCAUGUGGCAGCGUUACCCAGCUUGCCUCAGUCCAGUGAUCUGGCCAGCAGCUCACUCUCCCAGCUGAGCAGCUCCCUUUCCAGUCAUCAGAGCAGCCUCUCUCCUGCCUCAGUGUUGUCUUCAAGCACAUCACAUGUGCACACUAGUAUUGAGAACACAACUUCGCUCCAGCCCUCAACAACCUUUUCAACUGCUUCAACCUCAGCCACUAGCACCACCUCCUCGGUUGUCAGCAUGGCAAGCAGUAUGAACACUACAAACAGCCUUGGCCUGAGUGUUACCAGUGUGUCUAUACCAGCUGCUACCACACGGGCAGCUCCCUUAGUGUCUUCAGGCAAAGCUCCCCCAAACCUGCCCCAAGGUGUACCACCCUUGUUGCAUAACCAGUAUAUUGUGGGACCUGGAGGACUUCUGCCUGCCUACCCACAGAUUUAUGGUUAUGAUGAUCUCCAGAUGCUUCAAUCCAGACUGCCAAUGGAUUACUAUGGAAUUACAUUCCCUGCUCCUGCAACCUUGACAGGCAGAGAUGGGAGCCUUGCUAACAAUCCGUACUCAGGUGGCCCACGAUGCAAGCCUUGCUUUCCUGGCCUUCAGCUACUGUCUUCAGAACUUUGGUGGUGUGAUGUAACAAAAUUUGGCCGUGGAGAUUCCGCCUCUCCUGCUCCUGCAACCACACUGGCCCAGCCGCAGCAGAACCAGGCUCAGACUCACCACACGACUCAGCAGCCCUUCCUCAACCCGACCCUGCCUCCAGGGUACAGCUACACUGGGCUCCCUUACUACGCUGGAAUGCCCGGUGUUCCCAGUGCAUUCCAAUAUGGGCCAACCAUGUUUGUACCUCCAGCAUCUGCAAAACAGCAUGGAGUCAACCUGAACACGGGGUCGACUCCCUUCCAGCAGGCCAGUGGCUACAGCCAGCAUGGCUACGGUGCAGGCUACGAUGACUUAACGCAGGGAACCGCUACUGGGGAUUACAGCAAAGGAGGCUACAGUGGAUCAUCUCAAGCACAAAACAAAUCUGCUGGUGCUGGACCUGGGAAAGGUGUUUCUGUGACCUCAAGUAACACGGGUGUGCCUGAUAUCAGUGGCUCAGUCUAUAACAAGACUCAGACAUUUGACAAGCAGGGAUUCCAUGCUGGCACUCCGCCUCCCUUCAGCCUGCCUUCUGCUCUCGGAUCGACUGGGCCUCUGAACCCUGGUGCUGCCCCAGGUUAUGCUCCAGCCCCGUUUCUCCAUAUCCUCCCUGCACAUCAGCAGCCUCAUUCCCAGAUGCUGCACCAUCACCUUCAGCAGGAUGGGCAGGGUGGAUCUGGCCAGCGCAACCAACCCAGCACCAUGCAGCAAAAGUCUCAGGCUACCAAAACCGCCUAUGGCACUUCUCCAUACUGGACAAACUAAAUCUGAAACCGGGGAGAGGGGGGAGAAUGAAAGGAAAGGAGGAAGAAAAAAAAAACAAAAAAGAAAAGAAAAGAGAAAAUAAAAGCCGAAGCCCAUUCGUUGAAUUAUUAGGAAAAGUUACUGCUCAGCCAAACAUC